AUGGUUGACAUGCUGAAGUUACAAGUUCCUUUUCUGUGAAGCGAUCUUAAACACGUUUUUAGUUAAUUUCAGUAACGUUGUACCUAAUAACACAGACCAGGUGAGGCGCUUUUAUUUUGCUUGUGGCGACCGACGUGCUAACAAACUUAGCGAGCUGACGGCUAAACCGUUAUUUUUUGUAGCUGCUCACAAGUUAGCAACAAUCCCGCUGGCUCUGGUGUGAAGUCCUCAUGAGGUGAUGCUGCAUGUGCUGCGCUGUCCUCUGCAGAGGUCUGUCAUCUCUCUACAAUGGACGUGCCUACGCUCCCUGUUCUCCACCAAGCCUCACUCCCUUCAGGGCGAGGACUCCACAGAGUCCCGCCUGAAUCCUCUCAACAUUCAGAUGCUGUCAAAGAACCUCCAUAAGCAGAUCUUUCGAGGGCUGGAACCAGAAUACAGAGAGGAAGAUGUGGAGCGCAGCAUUAGGCAUUUGCAGAAACACCAGCUGUGGGGGAAGGAAACUUCACUGUUGUCUGAUGUGGAGCUGAAACUUCCCCAAAUGUAUGGCGAAAAUAUUGAUGAGCACUUUCGUAUGUUGGCCCAGAAACAAUCUCUUCCCUACCUUGAGGCUGCCACCGCACUGCUGCAGGCCAAACUCCCUCCCAUGCCACAGGAAUGGAAAUGGGAGGUUGGCUGGACUCGCUAUGGGCCCAAUGGGGAGAGUCAGAAGGUGGAUUUCCCAGAGGAGUCAGCAUUAGUGUUUGAUGUGGAGGUGUGCAUAACGGAAGGACAGUGUCCUACACUGGCUGUUGCUUUGUCUCCCACUAACUGGUAUUCCUGGUGCAGUAAGCGUCUGAUUGAAGAGCGGUACUCCUGGUCAAACCAGUUGACCCUCUCUGACCUCAUACCACUUGAGACAUCUAUCAACUCUGCCUACGCUCCUAAGGGCCGGUGGAAAAACAGGCUCAUAGUGGGGCAUAAUGUUAGUUUUGAUCGAUCUUACAUUAAGGAACAAUAUUUACUAAAGGGUUCAAAGGUACGCUUCAUGGACACCAUGAGCCUUCACAUGGCCAUCUCGGGAUUGACUGGGUUCCAGCGCACACUGUGGAUGGCCAGUAAGCUGGGCAAGAAGAGGGGUCUGCAGGAGGUCAAGGAGCACAUUAAGAAAGCAGGACAGAAAAGGGAUGGCCCAGUGAUCGGCUCCUGGGACUGGGUGAAUAUCAGCAGCAUAAAUAACCUUGCUGAUGUCCAUGCACUGUAUGUGGGAGGACCGCCCUUGCAGAAAGAGGCCAGAGAGACCUUUGUGAAGGGCAGCAUGAUGGAUGUCAGGAACAACUUCCAGGAGUUAAUGCAGUAUUGCGCCAUGGAUGUUCAAGCCACCCAUCAAGUCUUCACCGAACAGCUGCCCCUCUUCAUGGAGAGGUGUCCUCAUCCAGUGACGUUUGCAGGCAUGCUGGAGAUGGGCGUGAGCUACCUUCCCGUCAAUCAAAACUGGGGUCGGUACCUGGAAGACUCUCAAGACAUUUACGAAGAGCUCCAGAGAGAGAUGAAGAAGUCUCUGAUGAUUCUAGCAGACGAUGCCUGCCAGCUGCUGCAGGAUGACAGAUACAAAGAAGACCCCUGGCUUUGGGAUCUUGAGUGGGAUGUGCAGGAGUUCAAGCAAAAGAAAGUAGCAGCCAGCAAGAAGAAACAGUCAAAAAAGGAAGUUGAAAAAGAAGUUGCUACUCCUCUCCCAGUCUGGGAAGAAGAUCCAGGUCCACCAUCUGAAGAGGAGAUGGCGGGUCCUUGCCCCAGCAGGCUGGCUGUGGAGAAGCUGAAGGAAACAGUGGAUCGACUUCCCAAAAGGAGGCAACACCUGCCUGGACAUCCAGGGUGGUAUCGUAAGCUGUGUGAGAAGAUGUCUGCGGACGACAGCUGGUCACCUGGCGCCAGCCUGAUCAGCCUACAGAUGAGACUGACGCCUAAGCUGAUGGGCCUUACGUGGGAUGGUUUCCCCCUGCACUACACAGAGAAACAUGGGUGGGGCUACCUGGUUCCUGGUCGCAAGGAUAACCUGAAUUCGCAAGAGGAAAACACUGGGCCUGUGUGCCCACACAGAGCUAUCGAGAGUGUUUACAGAGAGUACUGUGAGCAGAACAGCAAAGAGCGGCCUGAAUAUCUGGACUCGAGCCAUUCAGAUGACCUCGUGUUGAUGGACAGUGCAGUGUGGGAAAAGGUGGAGGAGUUAAGUUCCUUGGAAAGUUUGACCGAGGAAAAUGGAGUCAGAAUGAUGAGAAGUGGGGAGAGGAAGAGAAACGCGCAAUCCCAAGAUUCACAUCAGGUCCCAGAGGAGAGUCAGUGCCAUUAUCACCAUGGAAACGGGCCCUACAAUGAUGUAGAUAUCCCAGGGUGCUGGUUUUUCAAAUUACCUCACAAGGAUGGUAACCACUACAAUGUUGGCAGUCCUUUUUCAAAGGACUUUCUGGCCAAGAUGGAGGAUGGUACUCUUAGGGCCGGACGGAGCGGAACCAACGCUACACGAGCUCUGGAGAUCAACAAAAUGAUAUCCUUCUGGAGGAAUGCACAUAAACGUAUAAGCUCUCAGAUGGUGCUGUUGCUGCGAAAAGGAGAGCUUCCUCAUGCUGUCAACAGAAACAAAGAGUUUGAUGAAGAGGGUCAGUAUGGUGCCAUAUUACCUCAGGUCAUCACGGCUGGAACGGUAACACGUCGGGCUGUGGAGCCAACGUGGCUGACUGCCAGUAAUGCACGGCGGGAUCGGGUUGGCAGUGAGCUGAAGGCCAUGGUGCAGGUGCCACCUGGGUACCACCUGGUUGGCGCAGAUGUAGACUCUCAGGAGUUGUGGAUUGCUGCUGUGCUCGGAGAAGCUCAUUUUGCUGGCAUGCACGGUUGCACAGCGUUUGGCUGGAUGACACUUCAGGGAAAGAAGAGUCAGGGCACUGACCUGCACAGCCGCACCGCUGAUGCCGUGGGUAUCAGCAGAGAGCACGCAAAGGUGUUCAACUACGGACGCAUCUACGGCGCAGGGCAGCCCUUUGCCGAGAGGCUGCUGAUGCAGUUCAACCACCGCCUCAGUCAGAAAGGAGCUGCCAGUAAGGCCAGGCAGAUGUAUGCCUUAACAAAGGGUUUACGCAGAUACAGCCUGUCAGAGGAGGGUGAGUGGCUGGUCAAGGAACUGGAUAUCGAGGUGGAGAGGGAGGAAAAUGGAACCAUCUCCCUGCAGGAGUUGCGGAAGAUCAGUAAGCUGGCCUCAAAGUGCUCUCGGAGGAAGAAGUGGGACAUUGUCGGCAAACGUCUGUGGACUGCAGGUACUGAAUCAGACAUGUUCAACAAGCUGGAGAGCAUCGCGCAUUCAGCCCAGCCUGCCACUCCUGUUCUAGGCUGCAGGAUCAGCAGAGCACUGGAGCCCAAAGCAGUUAAGGAUGAGUUUAUCACCAGCAGAGUGAACUGGGUGGUCCAGAGCUCAGCAGUGGACUACCUGCACCUGAUGCUGGUGGCCAUGAAGUGGCUCUUUGAGGAGUACAACAUAGAUGGCCGUUUCUGCAUCAGCAUCCACGAUGAGGUGCGGUACCUCGUCCGCAGUGAAGACCGUUACCGGGCAGCGCUGGCACUUCAGAUCACAAACCUGCUUACGAGGAGUGCGUUCGCCCAUGCGUUAGGCAUGCAGGACCUUCCCCAGUCUGUGGCUUUCUUCAGUGCCGUUGACAUUGACCUGUGUCUGAGGAAGGAGGUCACCAUGGACUGCGUGACCCCCUCUAACCCCACAGGUCUGGAGCGAAGAUACGGCCUACCACCUGGUGAAGCCUUGGACAUCUACCAAAUCAUCAACAUCACUAAAGGCACUCUGAACAAAGAAAGAUAGCACUUUUUGGACCACGCUACUGAACGGCAGCACAUGCACACAACCUCCAAGAGGCUUUUCAUCACCAGGCAGAAGUCGAGAUUGGCGAGGAAUCUGGAGGUGGGUAUGUCAAACGGAGGAGCUCCUAAGAGUCAGCUCACUUUUUUCGCUUCUUCUGUUUGGGUUCUUGUGACUCCUCUGCCUCCUGUGACUCUGUGGUCUGAAAGGAAUGGAACAAGAAGUGUAAUCAACAAAACAAAUAAAAACAAACACAAGUUUGGACCAUUGGAGCUGCCAGUUACAGAUGGCUCUUACCUCCAGACUGUCGUCCUGCUCCUGCAGGGCUGCGUCCAGAGUCGCAGCAUUGAUUCGGAAAUCUCUUGAAGUGCUCAGCUUCAUGUACUGCAUCAGAUUUACCUGGACAACACGCACCCAGAGAUCUUGGUGAAACGCUGUACAUAAGUGGCCUGACUGAUGAAACUGUACUGACAGUGUUCAGAGAUUACUGUAUUUUGCUCAACUCAGCUCUGAAGUAAUCCAGUGCAUACAUACCUUUGACUUCUUUGAGAGCGUGAUGAGGUACUUCUCGUACUGUUCAAUGCUAAAGAUCAGUUCAGGGAUGGCCUUUGUCUCUCGCAGAAGUUUUGCCUAUCAACAGAAAAGAAAAAGAUAUUUAGAUGUAAAUGUGUUGUUGUUAUAAUCAAUCACAGUCAUUUCAGUUAUACAAUUACAGUGCAGAAGUUAAGUGUCCUUACAGAAGCAGCAGAGUUCACUUCAUUCCUCUUCUUUUUCUUCUCUGCACCUCCUCCACUGAGUUCUCCACUCUAACAGAGAAAACCCAUUAGUUUUAAAACAUCAACACUUCCUCUCGAGGAUGAAGUUGCUUGUGUCAAAUCCAUAACUGAACAACUUGAACGUCACAGUCAGAUACAGAUUGUUGCUGGAGACUUUUUGUCUGAAUUGAGCUGUACCUGUGCAUAUGUGAUGAAAGUGUAGCACUGUGGCGUCAGGUGCGAGCCAGAGAGUUUAACCUGCACAGACAGCAGAGGAAACGUUAGAUUAGCAUCAUGUCAGACGUGUAAGAAGCUUCAAACGAGGAAACAGUACUUUGGGCUCACCAGCUUCUCGAAGCGUGAUGCCAGCAUACCGUGCUGGGUGGCACACACCUGGAUGUACUAUACCAAAACACACAUGGAGAUGAGAUCAGUGCCACACUAGGUAAACAGCACAAUCGCAGUGAAAUCACAGAAAGGACUAAUACGCACAUAUUUGACCAGGGUGGUGAGGAUAGUGUAUGUGCGACGCAGUUCUCUCAGCAGUGUAAUGGUGCAGGUGCCAGAUAGCAGGGCCGUCUGGACCAGCUCGUUUAAAGCUGUCAAAAGAGUCCCGAGCUGCAGCGUCACCGCUUUCUCUAUUGGAUCCUGCUGGGCUGCAGUCUGAGUGGCUUCGCCUACGCAUCGGGAACACAACAAUAACACAGAGGUUUUAGUACCGUUCCCUUAUCCCCUCUCAACUCUCACCAUUAAUCCAAGUGAGAAUGCGUGUUACAGGGCUUCUUACCGGAGCCAGAUUUGUCAGAGGCCGUCUGGCUUUUCUUUUUGGCAAUCAGCCAGUCCACUUCAUCAAGCACUCUGUCAACCUGAGACAGGACCAGCAGCUGGGGAAUAGGGAUGGUGGGGCGGCACAGAUUAAAAUGACGAUAAAGUCCUUGAGCACGCUACACAGACUGAGUCUGGGAUACCUGUGUCACAGCAAAUCAGAAAACUCUUAGCACUCACCGCUGCUGUUGUAGCUGUCUUCAUGUUGACAAUGGCAAAAUGAGACUGUUUUUCUACUUCCACGUCCUGAUUGUAGAGAGAGAAAACACAUAGAAAAAAGGCACAAAAAAGUCAAUUACUCAAGUGAAAAGUGACAUGCCAGUUCCGCCUGAUCUGUCAUCAGUUUACAGUCAUAAAACUAUUAGUAAUGCUGUUAAAUAAAAUGGAAAUUCAAUAAAUCAAUGUUCCAA